AUGAAAGACAAUUUACGCAUGUGCAAAAAAGAGAGAUUUCCUGGCGCCAAAAAUAAACUAGAAGAAUCUAUCUCUUUCUCUGUUGGACCUUUGACUGGUGAACACGUGCCAACUGUUCGGGAAGGAAAUUCCCCAACAAGAGGUCGUUGGAAUCCAAAAGAAAGAAAUAAAAUCAGUGUCCUAAACUGUCCCUCUAGUGUCUCUGUAUCCUUCUUUUCUUUGUCUAUUUAUUUCAGCUACGAAGACAAUUCAACAAGUUUUGGAUGUUUAGUUUUUUACUUUAAUUUUUCUUCCUUUUUUGCACUUUUCUUCACGUUUCCUUUCUUUUUCUUUCUUUCUUUUUUAAUUCUUUUAUUUUUCUAUUUAUUUCUUACUUCCUUUCUUUUACCGUUUUACUUUUUCAUUCUUCCAUUAUUUUUCUUUCUUUUUUUCGUCUUUCUUUCUUUCACUUUUCGACUUACUUUUAGUUUACUCUUUCUUUUUAUCAUUCCACUUUCUUUCAUUCUUUUUUCCUUUCUUUUCUUUCUUUCUAUCUUUCUUUUUCUUUCUUUUACUUAA